AUGUCGUCGAUUUUCAAGAAGAAUAAGCAGCCAGACCCAUUCAAGGAGCUGUUGGAUAAUGAGGAAGAUAAGCAUGGCACAACGGAGUUGUUUGUGAAGAAGGUUACAAAUCAUCGUAAGGCGUCAGAGGAUGAUGGAACGCAAGGGAAUGUGGAAGGGGGAGGAGAAUAUGUGUCACCAUUUCGAGAUGAUAAGGCUGUUGCAGAGGCAGAGCGGAUUCGGGACUUGAAAUUUCCGACAACAGGGCAUCAUAGUACUGUUAGAGUUAAAGAUAAUGUUAAGAGAAAGGCUCAGGAUAUUGCGGAGCCUAGGUCUUUUGGGACUACUGAUUUAAAGCAGCAGAAGCAGUUGGAUGAGUUGGGGAUGAAAGAGAAUCAGUUGGAGUAUUUGCGGAACUCUCAGAAGAUUGUGGAUGUUAGGAAGUCAUCCGUGGGGAAGGGUUCUGAGGUUGGUUCUGUUGGUGAAGAGGCAACUUCAGCUUUGUCAGGUGAAGGUGCGAUGCCUGUAUCUGCUGCUAGUGACGGCAAGUCUUUUGCUUCGGAUAUGAAGGCUGACAAGAAGUCUGACGUAAAGUCUGAUGUCAAGUCCGACAUCAGGUCAGCGGGAAAUUUGGAAGAGGGGUCCGCUGUCGGUCAAGACACACGUGAGUUAGCUUCUGGGACAGCUCUGGAUGAAAGGUCAGAAAUCUCCGAAGCACCAACCAAAGUUUCCGGGUUGAAGUCUGCGGUGAGUGAUGGUGGCCAAACUGCGUCAAGCGUUGCAGGAGAGGCAGGCGGAGCUUCCGUUGCAGAGGUCAAAUCUGGCGUGAGUGAAGGCAAGGCUGGUGUAGUUAAUGCUGGCAACGCUGCUGCAGUUGCGUCAGACGUUCCCCCAACAAAGCAGAAAGGCCACCGUGGCCCUUUUAAGUUUUCCAAAAAGGGGAUUUUUGCUCUUUGGAAGCGUAGCGAGAAGCCUGAAAAGCUCAACGCUACACCUGAAGAUCCGGAAUUCAUCGUUUUAACUGAAAAGGGUUAUAUGUCUAAGAACAUAUAUGACAGAUUGGAAUAUGAGGAAGAAUUACACCAAGAAAAAUUGGCUUCUUUGGAUCAGAAUUCGGCUGCCAAAUAUGAGGAUACUGCAAGGGCUUAUGAAGAAAAGCUUGCUUCAUUGAAUAAUGAGAUAGCAGAGGUUCAUGCGGCAAUGGACCAGUUGAAGUCGCAGACGGAAAAUGAAAUGAAGGCCAUAGAAGCGUCCUUGUCACAGAAUUUAAUGGACAUUCAAGCUAAACAUGAUGAACAAAAGGAGACGUUAUUGAAGGAAGCAGAAAAUGAAAAGAAUGCUAAGAUUACGGAGAAAAAUACCAUUAAUGAAAAAUUGACUCAGGUUGAGCCAGAACUCGAAGCAUUAAAGCGAUUAGAAUUGGAAAGAAAAGUUGAAUUACAACAAUACCAAUCUGAAGUACAGGCUUUAACCGCGGAGCUAGAUGCAAGGCUAGGUGAACUGCAGAAUGUUUCUGACGAACAAACAGAAGUCAAUUUAUCCAUGGCAGCUCUUGAAGAGCGCAGAGUUCAAAUUGAGAAGGAUAUUUCUGAAUCCAAUGCAGUAGUGGCUAAUAAUAAAGAAUUGUUGCAGAAUCUCGAAAAUCAUCCUUCAAUUGCGGCAUUGGAUAAUCAAGUUUCAGAAGUUACGAGAACUGUUUCAGCAGUGGAGCAGGAGCACGCUGCACAAAAAGAUGAACUAACUGAAUUAAGCACCAAGAAAGAGCCCACUCUCUCGGCUGUCAACCCUCCAAAGAUGGUAGAGGAAAUAGACGUUCAGGAGAUUUCGGAACUACCUGAUGAUGUGAUCGUCCCUGAAGAACUUGACCGCUUAUUACAUAGUUCUAAACAAAAACCCCUAGGAAAUCCAUUUACCAGUCACGAUGGGGACAGCCUGGACUUCACUCAUGUACCCGCAAGCGCAAAGGCUGACAAUGGAGAAGUAAAGAUCUCACUAGAUCCUAAUGCAGAAUCUAAAAAGCCAGUGAACCUUAGUAGUCUGAGCUCACGACCAAGAAACCCCCCAUCUAUCGCUACUACCAGCCCCGGCACAGCCAAGGGUAACUCUGAAUACGAAUACGAAACUAUUGAAGAAGUAGUUAUAGUCGAAGGCGACGGUACCAGAAGUGAUUCCUCUAGACUAAUUGCUGUUCCCUUGGAGCAAUGA